AGCAGUGCCAAGUUCUAAUCUAGUCCAUUCUGGUCAUGUUUUUUUAUAACUUAGUGAUACUUUUUUAAUGCACAUACGCCUGUGUCAGUGUCGGGAACGCGCCUGUUUCCCGGCAGAGAACGUGAUACCCUCAGAAGCUACGCACAAUGUGUAGCAAGUGGGCGCAACACAUUUUCUGAAUCCGGUUCCGGCGUGCCGACGACUCCGCUGCCUGUGCCCACAGACUGAUCACAGGGCUUUUACCCGCACAGCGUUGCGUGGUAGCAGCUGAGAGGCUACUGCGGAGCGGGGGUUACCGAACCCGGAGAAUUUCUUACGGCUGACGUACAAGAGAGAUCAUCUGUAUGUCUCCUUACAAACGGAUGACAGCCUGCAAACAAACCUGUAUUGAAAACUUUCAGCUCUAUGACUGACGCGGGGGGGUGUUUAUAGAGAUUUUGCCAGGUCCAAGAGAAGACUUGAUGCAGGUGCAAACUGUGGCCUGUAUGUCACUGAAAUGACUUGCUCGGCGCAGCUGAUGCGGUUCAUUAAGCCAUGCCAACCCCGCAUUUUCAGAUGCUGUUUUUCUCUGCGUUAUCCCACUGUCUGGAAUUCCAACAUACUGGGCCUGUUGUGUAAUUAGAAGUUCGUGUAGCUGAUGCUAAAGCAACCAAUGCUGGUGCAAUGAGAAGCUACGCUGACCAAGACGUGCGCAAUUUGUGCUGAAGCUUAUGGGUCCUGCGUACGCAAGCUCCCGGCUUCCACUUGGAGAGGGGUGCAGCGGGGCUUCAGCGCACUGGCUGUUGGCUUCACAUCUGGACCGACUGUCCGCUGUCAUCUGCGGCCUGUUAGGACCUGUGUACGACCUUAACUUGUAUGUUUUAGAAUAACUGACUGGUCGCCUCCCUUGGUGUCGUGCUAGGGGAGAAGGAGUGACUAUUUGCAGGAGUUGACCAAAUCGGCGAUCCAACACCGAAGCUUGACUGGCUGACUACUCAAAAAUGAUUUAUCCAGUCAUGGAUUUUGCGUAGCAAAGUCGCUCGUUUUGAAAGGCAACGCUUGGGUGACAUUGCAGUCUUCUCACCAUAUUGGUUAUUUCGUCGCCUGACAAAAAAAAUAAAAAGCGUGAAAGUGGAGAAUUGUCCGUCAUACGAAUCGGCGCAGUGGGAUUUCUACGUCUGGUCGGCGUUCCCCCCCACCCUUCCCGCGGUGACGGUUAUGGGUCGGAAGCGGUGUGUCGGUGCAGAUUGUUCCAAGAUGGCGGCCGGGUGCUGCGGGGUGAAGAAGCAGAAACUGUCGGGAUCGCCCGGGUCGGGGGGUCCCGGCGGGGUGGGGGCGGGAAGCGGGGUGGCAGGAACCGGACAUUGUGGCUCAGAGUUGGGGAUUGGCUCCUCGGCGACUGUUGCAGCAGCGACUAAUGUGAGCAGAGCCAACGGCCUGGGGGGACCCGGGGGUAACGUUAGUGGCACUAGUAGUAAUAGUGUCGGUGGUAGCAGUGGGACGAACGCCCUGUCCCCAGUCCCGGCCGGUUACACUUCAUCCGGCCUCGCCCCGAAUCUUAGCCCGGGACCUGGUUCUGGAAGUGGAAACAGAAAAAUGGUGGUUUCAGCGGAGAUGUGCUGCUUCUGUUUUGACGUGCUUUAUUGCCAUCUGUACGGAUAUCAACCUCCGAGAACACCCAGGUUUACAAAUGAUCCCUAUCCACUGUUUGUCACAUGGAAAAUAGGCAGAGACAAACGGUUGAGGGGUUGUAUAGGUACAUUUUCUGCCAUGACUCUGCACUCAGGACUCAGGGAGUACACCCUUACCAGUGCCCUUAAAGACAGCCGCUUUCCCCCUAUGACAAGGGAUGAGCUGCCACGCCUCUUCUGCUCAGUGUCUCUUCUCACCAACUUUGAAGAUGUCGGGGAUUACCUUGACUGGGAGGUGGGUGUCCAUGGUAUUAGGAUAGAGUUUUUCAAUGAGAAAGGAUCAAAGCGCACAGCCACUUACCUACCAGAGGUUGCAAAAGAGCAAGGUUGGGACCACAUUCAAACCAUAGAUUCCUUACUGCGAAAGGGAGGUUAUAAAGCUCCUAUCACAAAUGACUUCAGGAAGACCAUUAAGUUAACCAGGUACCGUAGCGAGAAGAUGACCAUGGGUUAUGCAGAGUACGUUGCCCACCGUCAGCACCAUCACUACCAGAAUGGCAUCGGGCACCCUAUACCCCCCUAUAACCAUUAUUCCUGACAGCGAGCCGCAUGACCAAUCACUGGGCCUCUCCGCUGACCUUUUCCCAGGAGAGCCCGCCCCCUCCUGGUCUAGCUAUUUCUACUACUGUACCAUUUUAUGAUGAUAGUUUCCGUUGCCAUGCCGGCCGUCUCCCCGGCGUUGACAUGGCAACGGGUGGCAACGAAGCAUCAUUUGAUUAUGGCAAGAAAUCCACGUUCCUUCGUCUGUGGUUAAGUUUUUGCAGCAUUUGUCUAACUUCUAUCUGUAAUCCCCUUUAUUCACAUUAUUGAACGUUAACAAAUAAUUCUUUCUUUUAUCUCUUCUCAUCAAACCAAUCAGGUGUUUUAUUCUGUGGAUGGAAGCAAGUCUAUUAGUAGAUAAGUCUCACACUUGUGUUGUCCUGGCUUUUACAUUAACAGAUUUUCCUUUUUUUUUUUUGUUUUUUUUUUUUGUUUAGUUUGUUUAUUCUUGUUUUACUACUUUAUAUUAAUAUCCAGACAUGUAUAACGUGUAGCAAGGCAACUGCAGUUCUCGAAGGCUGUGUCAUCUCCUCAAUUCCUCUCGAGAAACCGGACUGCUGGUGUUGGUUGAGCCUUGAAAACUCUUGUAGAUUUGUAGUUUGAACUAUUUACAGGGAUCUGUAUACUCUGAACUAUAGAUGAUAGGAUUGUGAUGCCCCGUGAGAGGCCAUCCGUUGCCGACUUAAGUUUCUCGUUUGAAGCGUGUGCAUCUUUUAUGUGUGAAUAUAAACAUGAUAUGCUCCGAGGUAGAAACCGGGUGUGAAUGAAUCCAGAAAUUUAACCUUAAAUGUAAAAGACCGCCCCCCCAUCCCCCCCGGGAGAGAACAUUUGUGAAACUCUUCCUCUAAGUAUUUGUAGUGUUUUGUGGUGGACUUUUAACGUUGAAUAUUUUGUCAGGCCGGAGCCUUAUAAUUAAAGGCACGUUCCCAUAAUUUUCAAGUGAAGCAAAUUGCAGAGGAAGCCAUUUUGUCUGAUAAUACUGUUCACACCAAUGAUGUAAUAAUUGUACGUUUGGAGAGUUAGCUACUCGUGGGUCUGCUUUUCCCUACCGUGUUGAAGUGUACCGAGCGUAAUCUUGAGGAUGCUGACCAAAAAAAAAAACAACAAAAAAAAAAAAGAAUUCGAUUGCAUGUUUAUAUUCAUUGUGUCUGUUAGUGUUUGCGCUUUCUGGCAGGGAGUCACUCGACAGGGACAUGCUAUACAACUUGAAGCCAUAUUCUUUUUAUUUCACACUACCAGAAGCCUGUUCUUGGCUGAAAAGGAUUGCAUUCAGUGCCACCCAGAGUGGAAAUGCUUGAGCCUUUGAAUGCAAACGUACACCACCCUGCCUCAGGCAAGACUGCAUCACCAAACACUUGCCUUAGCAGCCGUUAGUCAUUUGCCAUUUGCGUCGUGCAUCUACCCGUGUCAUUUUGUCGGUGAAGCAUUGUAUUUUAGCCGUUUUCAGAUUAUAGCUAACCAUUGUCUCUCUCCUAUUGAGUAUAGUAUUUGAAAAAAAAAAUAAAAAUAAAAAUAAAAAAAUUGUCAUUUGCAGUAGAAACACAGCUCUGGUUGCACAAAAAGUCCACCAAAUCACGCCUGUGUCAUUUCGAAGUGCAUGUCACUGUCAAGCAGCUGGGCAUUUCUUGUCAUUGUUUUCCGAUUACUGUUGAUUUUUUUUUUUACCUUUAGCCAGCUGGUUAGCAUUAGGUUAGCGCAAACACCGGCAUACUCUUUAGAGCGCGCUGCACAGGGCCCCCAAAGAUGUCUUGAGGU